AUGGUCUCACAACCACCGAGACCGGCUACCCCCGGGUCCAGCCAAGGACAGUUCACGAUUGUAUUCGAAAAACAGCCGCCGGGUCAGGUCCGGCCCGGGGCGAAAUUUACGAUGCCAGUAGUCGUCAAGGUCGAGCCGACAGGACCUCAGGAGCCUAACCCAAAUCUGGGACUCAGCCUCAAUGUAUUGCUGAAAAACGAGGAUGGGAGUGAUGCUGCCGGGGGAAUCCUGUCCGGGCAACGCGUCGACAGCAUCUACAGCGAAGAUGGUGAUACACUGAGGGGACGUGUUGCGUUCAGUGAUUUGAGAAUCAGCCAAGCUGGACGGUAUCGAUUCUGUGUGGUUCUUAACAUUUCGGAUCUGGAGAAUGGCGUCACCGAGGCGCAACAGAUUACGGAGGAUGUGGUUAUUGACGUUAAUGAGACAGCCCCGGAGAAUCAGGUGCCAAGCAACGAGGACAUUGCCCUGUUCCAAAGGUUGUUGGAUUAUAGCCAGCCAGGAAUUCGUCCGGAGGAUAUUCGGAGAUGGCGAGCCUUGAGAGAACGAUAUGAUGCUCGGAACUGA